CUCAUCAACUAUCUGUCUGCCUCUCUCUUCCCUCUUGCUUAUUGAAGACAAGACACACUUGUGUAGAAGUGUGAGAAAGAGGAUCGUAGUGUGUACGCAUGUGCAUACGUGUAUGUGUGUGUGUUUGUGUACGUCUUUGUGUGUCCAUCCCUUUCACAGUGAGUAAGGCGAGUGGGCGGUAGCAGCAACUGGUCUGCUUAUGUGGCGCGAUGCAUAGCAGACAUGUUUCUCACUGCUAGAUAUUACUCAUUUCCUCAGCCCUACACACACACAAACACACAGUCUCAGUUAGACGCUCACGCACAUACACACACUGACACACAGAAGCUCGCAGCUUCUCAGUGGUCUUGCUGGUGCUAUUUCUCACUUAUACGGAGCUCUGUGGCAUCGUGUGACUGGUAGCUGUUGUUGGUGUUUCUAUUGGCGCUGUUGAGGUAAAGUAGGAAGCAGCCUGUGGAUAGGCGCCUGAACCCCUGGAGGUUCUUAACCCAGGAGGGCUGCAGCAUGUAUGACCACCAACACCUGGACAACCCUCUGGUCAACAGCCCACUCUAAGGUGAUAGGUCGUUCAGGGCUAGGGUGUCAGUGAUCUGACAGUGAUGUCGUGUCGAGGCCCUCCCCUCUCUCUGCGGCCCUCGUUUUCCCGUGAGUCCCAUGUAACUUAGCCGCCCCCGCCCGCCGCCGCUGGCGCCCACCCAUGAAUCCCAGCCCCGACCGCGGCAAAGAGUGCCUCCCCCCCAAGAAGAGGGAAUCCCGGCAGGGCUCGGUUGACCUGCGCCCCCUCCUGGACGAGUUCAAACCGCCCUCCUCACCCCUCAGGAUCCGGCCCGCCGGCAGCUCAGGGAGAGAUGAGGGGUGCAGGGAGAGCAGCGACGAGGCUCUGACGAACCCCCACAGUCUGCUACCCUCUCCCCCACCUCCCCUCCCACCCCCUGGUAUCCCCCUCCCCCUGCCAUGGCACCUGCCUUACACCCCCUCUGUCCCUCUUCCCUUCCUCCCAGGCCAAGUAGGAGAGAGGAGGGGGUCAGGCUCACCCUCCUGGAGGGACGAUCUUCUCCCUUCCCCACUCCCCCAUCACUCCAGGUGGCUCCGAGGUGAAAUCCCCCUUCCCCUUCCACCCUGCUCAUCUUCUUCCUCCUUCAAGAGCCCCUUCCCUGCUGACUCCAGAGAGAUGUGGUCCUAUUUCAACACAGAACGAAGGGACUAUAGCUCUUCUCUCUUCUCCCCCUCCCACCUGUUCAGCCAGCCCCCCCUCUACCGUCCUGACACCUCCAUGACAGAAGGCAGACACAGAUACCUGGGCAAGAGGCCCAACGGGCUGGACGGCCCGGGCAGCAGGACUGCCUCUGCCUCCAGGGUGGCGCCCCCCUCAGGAGAGUACGGGAACGAACCCAGCGGCAGGGCCAGGUUGGGCGGCAGCCUCCAUGGUUCCCAUGCCAACGGGCGGCGGAGACACCAGGAGGGACGUUCUCAGACGGUUGCGGUUUUCCAAGAUUCCCGAGCGCCACCUCCGGAGGGCCCUGACUCACAUUCCUCUCUGCAGGACAGGGACCCCCGUGGGACGCCAAAGCCUGGGACCCUCACCCUGAUCCCUAGCAGGCCCCAGCCCCAUCGGGCAGACCCCCGGGCAGGGAGAGGGGAGCUCCUGGACUCCCUGGGGAGCUCUCCGGCUAAGGCCCAGAUCUACUACUCCCUGGGGUCGAUGUACUCUACCCUACAGCCCAGCCACCUCAGCCCCCAGGCUCAGCCCUUCCCCCUGUACAGCCCCUCAGGCAGCCCUCAGUACGGCCUGCACACCAUGAGGAACUCACAACACUCGCCCCAGGAGCAGCCCAACAGCCACGUCACAGAGAGCGACAGAGAGAGGGAACGAGAGCGAGACAGAGAACGAGACAGACGACGAGAACAAGACAGAGAGAGAAAACGUGAACAAGACAGAGACAACCGGGAGAGAGACAGUGAACGAGACAGAGACAAAGACAGUGGAGACCUUUCCCCUGGGCGGCAGUACUCACGUCCCCACGCCUCCCCCCUCCUUCCCCUCACGGCCACCUCACCCCCUGCCCCCCACCACCACCACAACCCCCCAGCACUCCUACCUCAUUUUGCCAAGGGAUCUCUGAUUGAGCUGGUGGGGGGGCGUCUAAAGCGCGUGGAGGAGCUGAGGACGGAGGACUUCCUAAGGAGUGCCAACACCUCCCCGGAGUUCCACCUGAGCACGUGCACCAUUCUGCUCAUCGCCCCCAGCGACACACACGGCUUCCACCACCUGCAGGUCCUCCUCACAGACCGCAACACUCAGGAGUUACUAACAGUUCUGGUGGAGUACCCGUUCUUUGUGCGGGACCGUGGCUGGUCUUCCUGCUGUCCCCAGAGAACCUCCCAGCUCUACGGCCUAUCCUGCCGUCAACUCAGCGAGGGAGACAUCUGCCUGGCCCUCACCCCUUCACACACACCUAGCACACACACACACUCACACACACGCACAGCCCCCCGGGGCCACCGCACACACACUCGGGCCAGGGCCGGCGCCAGCUCACACAGGGAAGAUAUGCCCCCUCCUCCCCCUCCUCCUCCUCUUUCUCAUCCCUCCCCUGCUCUCGCCCCUCCUCCUCUUCCUCUGCCCCCUGCAGACCCUCCCACCCAGGAGCAGCCACGCUCACGCAAGAGGCGAUGGUCCGCCCCCGACCUCCUACCCCCUACUGGAACUACCGAAGCUACCGGGACUGACAAGAUCACCAAUUUACCUCACGGCUCCAAGCAUAGGAAGAGGCAGUAGAGCUUACACACACACACACACACACACACACACACACACACACACACACACACACACACACACACACACACACACACACACACACACACACACACACACACACACACACACACACACACACACACACACAUGCAAGCACAAACACACCCUCCUUGUCUCUAGAGCACCCACAUGGCCACACAGUAGAGAGACCACAAGGCAGGGUUGCAGGGAAGGACAAAGCAAUGCAACUUUACUUGUGUCCACACUGCUGCCCAAAGUACGAGCCUAUACCACUCUUUCUUCAUCCCUCUUUCCCCUCUCUCCGCUUAGCACACCUCUAGCUGUCUGAGGACUCCCAGAGAGCUCCACAGUGACAGAAUGAGACGAUCAGUGAGACACUGUUUUUGUAAUGGUUGUCCCACACGUCUACCUACUGACAGUGUUUUCUGCCGGGUAUCGGUUUUCAAUCAGGGUUAUGGAAGCAAGCUCUAUUGAAGAUGUCUAUCGCAGAGAGAUAUAUAUAUAUAUAUAAAUAUAUGACUAUAUAUUACAGAUGUUCUAUAAAUAUGCUAAACCGAUUUAAUGCAACCUCUCUGAUUGUCACUUUCGUAAUGCGUUCUCAGUUUUAGAUUUUCUCGCUUCUUCUGAUACGAAGUUUGACUGUCAGUCAGUCAGUCAGUCCGUCGGUCAGUGGGUCUGGGCAGGCAAGGUAAAUGAAUGUAUCAGCAACUCUUCGCCUUUUUACUAUUCUCGUUACCGGGGGGGGUCAUGUUAAUCUCUUGUUCGCUAAGGUAUUGCCCUCCAAUAUGUUCUUAACAUUAUCUCAGCGAAAGGAAAAACACUAAUGAAAAUUGCGUAACAGACAAUCCUCUCCCACACAGGUGGGUCUGUGUCACCUCGCCUUGACCCUGAGAGUGUUUUUCCAUGAAAAAAAAAGAAAGAAAAAAAAAGAUGGAAUGGCGAGAGAGUAAUGGUGCUAAUAACAGGUUGGAACACGAUGCUUUGUGAACACACACUUGACCCCUCUGUACUGUACUCUGUACCCCUUCUGUUCCCCUUUCUUUCUCCAUGUACUGUAUAUGUUCGAGCGCAGGGAAAAACGAUUGAAAGUAUUUUAAAACUCAGAUACGGGUAUCUUUUCUGAUUCAGCACACUCUUUCACUUUAGUUUUUUCAACUUUUUUUAGUUUGUUUGUUUUUUCAAAAACAAAAACCUUACCUGUUUUUUUUCUUUGUAAAUGUUAUAGCUAUAAAAAUUGUAUAUUUUUGAAAUUGUGAGUCUGUUAUAUGAUGUUCGCUAGAAACUAAAAAAAUUAAAAAAAGCUUUAUAAAUUUA